AUGCACACGCUGCCAGCUAACAUUUCGCGCAGAGAUUGGCCUCGCAGACUUCUACAUACCCAACGCAAUAACAACCCGCCAACUCCGCCUGCUGCCUCCGCAAACGCCCUUAUCACUUCCCCUGCACCAACCCCCACGGCGACCACGCCGACGACCGGUGAUCCGACUCCGGAUGCUCCGCCACCGUCGGUCACCCCGGCUGCAUCCUCCGCGACGUCUACCACCUUUCCUACUCCCGCCCACGAUGAGAACACUCCCGACUCCUCGUCAACCACUUGCCUCACCAGCAGCGUGGACUUGAUCCCAACCUGUCCUCACUGUGAUCGCGCAUUCACCUCACACAUCGGCCUGGUCGGUCACUCAUGA